AUGGAGAACUACGGCACAGUGAAAGCGCCGCAGAACGACGCUGUCGGCCAAAGCCCGGCAACCGUGCCGGCCCCAUCCGGCACCGGCCUACCUCCAUGCGAAAGCACUCCGUUAUCAGGCCGCAGCAGCCCGGAGCCAGUCCGUACUCCAUAUCAGAGACUGAAAGACUUCUACGAGAGGAACAUCGGUCUGCUCUUUGUUCUCAUGGGCCAGUUCUUUGCCUCGAUCUCUUCCCCCUUCCUUUUUUGUCUGGACGUGGACUCUGACAUGUGUCCAGACUCGCUUUCGUUCCUGAACAUCUCUGACGCCACCGUCAUCACCUUUCUGGUCCCGACUCUCACCGCUAUUAUCUGCUUCUUGGCUCUACGGGAACCUUACACGGUACAAGAAGGCAUGGCGGGAAUUGUUGCGUUCGUCGGCGUGAUCUUCGUGGCUCGACCGACCUUCCUCUUUCCUCCUCGGCUAGAGGGCUCGGGAACCAGCGACAGCGCAUUGGCGUUGGCCGUGCCGGAUCACUCUGGAGGCAUAGUCUCUCCAGAACCUAGUAUUUCCCCGGCCGAAAGAACCCUAGCCGUGCUCUGCGCAAUGCUGGGAAGCCUUGGAGCAGCGACGGCGUAUGCCACCAUCAGGGUCAUCGGCAAGCGUGCGCAUGCUCUUGUCAGCGUCAACUACUUCGCGGUCCUCGCAACUGUCGGUUCGGUCCUGAUCAUCCUCGUCCACCCGCAGCUCCGAUUCCAGAUACCGCACGGUGCCGCGCAAUGGUCUCUGAUCAUCACUAUUGGGAUAGCGGGUUUCCUCCUGCAACUCUUCUUGACGAUAGGGCUGCAGAGGGAGAAGGGAGGAAGAGCUACAAACAUGAUGUACUCUCAAAUGCUUUUUGCGCUCAUCAUUGAGAGAGUGGUCUGGGGGACUACCCCUCGCGCCGAGAGCCUUUUCGGAGGCGCUCUGAUCAUCGCAGCAGCGAUCUGGGUCAGUAUACAGAAGAACAGGCCGUCAGCAUCGCAGCCGCUUCCUCAGGUCGACGAGGAGAGCAGUCUCGUGGCUGCACAGGACCAAAGAGAUUGA